GUUGGAGAAAUUAUUUGAGGAGGGAGUAUAAGAUAGAUCGUCUAAUUUUUUGAAGGGAAGAGUCUUCUUUUCUCCAGUUAACUUGUGGAGUAAUUAUACUAGUGCUUUAAAAGAAAAAAAGAGCUCCUCACAACGAAAUGGCUGUUUGAGCGAGGCAACUGCGAUUCGUCGUCUGAAGUUCAGAAAUUGGGCAUUGGAAACUUGAAGUUGCAAUAUCUUCAACAAUGUCUAUUCUAACAAAAUUCCGAUGUAUCACACUCGAUGUUACGGGCACACUGAUAGCUUACAAGGGAGAGCUCGGUGACUACUAUUGCAUGGCAGCCAAAGCCGUUGGACUUCCGUGUCCCGACUAUAAAAGAAUGCAUGAGGGCUUCAAACUUGCAUAUACAGACAUGGCAAGAAAACACCCAUGUUUUGGGUAUGCGGAAAAGAUCCCUAACCGUGAAUGGUGGAAGACUUGUGUCCGAGAUUCAUUUGUGAAGGCAGGAUAUGAAUAUGAUGAGGAGACAUUUGAAAAGAUCUUUAGGCGCAUAUAUGCGACCUUUGGUUCCGCUGCACCUUACUCUAUAUUCCCAGAUUCUCAACCAUUCCUUAGGUGGCUUCGUUCUACGGGCGUUACAGUCGGGCUUAUCAGCAAUGCCGAAUAUCGGUAUCGUGAUGUUAUCCUUCCAGCACUAGGUUUGAACCAGGGAUCUGAGUGGGAUUUUGGAGUAUUCUCUGGCCUAGAGGGUGUAGAAAAACCAGACCCAAAGAUCUAUAAGAUUGCAUUAGAGAGAGCUGGAAAUGUUGCACCGGAAGAAGUUCUGCACAUAGGGGACAGCAUGAGGAAAGAUUUCAUACCGGCAAGAAGUGUGGGGAUGAAUGCGAUUCUGCUCGACAGAUUCAAGACAGCUGAUGCCGAAAGUUGGAGGCAAUCUGGAGCCACUGUGCUACCCGACCUGAAUGCAACCAAAGAUUGGCUUACUUCUCCAUCUGAUUCAUUCUCUCCAUAAGUAGUAAGCCGCUUAUCUACAUUCAUUAUUGUUGUUCUAAGUUAAUUAUACUGUCUUGUUUUGUUUUCGUUGUUGUCCAUUCGUUCAUGUUGUAUUUGACUGUUCGCGUUUUGGAAAUCAAAUUAAAUGAAUCGGCGUUUAGUGACUUUGGUUCGAGUACAUAUUGCCCUUGGUUUUGCUCUUUCUUUUUCUUUGUAAAUCAACAUGUAAAGAUUUGAAAUACUGCUCCAGACAUUUGGUCUUUUAAAGAAUGAAACCAAGUCUUAAUAUAGCUAGUAAUGUCGG